AUGGCUGAGGGGAAAGAAGAUGGCACAAAGCAGGAGCGGUACAUCGAAGAGGUAAAUACGGAGCCCGCUGUGAGAGACAAUGGAGCAGCCGGCAAAGACCAUGUCGACCUUAAUGAUGGAUCGCAAAACUCAAAUGAUGCUCCCUUAUUGAGUGAACUAGACUCAGUGGAAGACGUUGCUCCAUGUCCGAGAAGUACUCUUGCCGAAGGUGCUUCCACUCUGUCCGCCGAACAGUCAGGAACGAGUAAGGGGGUAAGCAAUCACUCGAGGAAGGGCUCUAUAAUCUCUAGUCUAUCCAUUGAUACACGAAACACUACUAUCCGAUUCGGAACUGCCCCUGCCAAUAGCCAGAAGUCACCCAACAGUCCCCUCUCGCCAAGAUCUACGAGUACGCCGUCUACCAAACCACCUUCAGCAAGCUCUCCAGUUUCUCCACGUACUCGCGAACGAGGGUUGUCCUUGCGACGAUCCUUGCUAGCUCGCACUCUACCAGGACACCAGCAACAACCAAAGACUGGCACAGUCGUCGAGUUGCAAUCUAUCGCAGGUUCUUCAUCUGGACAUCGGGUCCUACGUUCGCCGACCGUGGCUGCUAGGUCGAAGAAACCUGGGACUUCUAUUAGCGUAUCGCCUGUGAGUGAGCAAAUAGAAAGCGUAGAGCCGCAGGGUUCUUCAGAGAAGAAGCCGUCAACAGGGCCCCUUUCUCUGCCGAAUUACGAGAGUUGGGCAAGCCAAAAGUCGACACUGAAGCUGGUGUUAUCCCGUCUCAACGAACUCAAAGAAGGGGUUCGGAAGACCAUAUUGCGAAUACAUGAGCUACCCCAAUCCAGAAAUGGCCGGCAUGUGUCUCUGGACCUUGCUCGAAGAAAGCCUUUGAUCGAUGAGCGUAGAGGUCAUGAAUACCUCAGCAAUACCAUUCGCUCCAGCCGCUAUACCCUAUGGAACUUCAUACCACGUCAACUAUUUGCUCAAUUCUAUAAGCUUGCUAACUUCUAUUUUCUUUGCGUCUCAAUUCUGCAAAUGAUACCCGGUCUUAGCACCACCGGACAAUUUACUACUAUUGUACCAUUACUUUUCUUUGUGUGCAUAUCUAUUGCGAAAGAAGGCUUCGACGAUCUUAGACGUUACAGACUAGAUAAAGCAGAGAAUAGACGAACUACCUCGAUAUUGCAUGUGUAUAAGCCUGGGAAGGUUACAACAGGUACUACGCGCCCUGUUGCCACAGAGGGUGCGAGGCGCUGGGCGGAGACAAAGUGGCAUGACGUGAAAGUAGGGGACGUUGUCAAGCUUGUUCGUGAUGAAGCAGCUCCUGCCGACCUUAUUGUUUUGCAAGCUACCGGGACUGAGGGAGCCGCUUAUGUCGAGACAAUGGCUCUGGAUGGAGAAACUAAUUUGAAACCCAAGCAGCCUUCUCCAUUACUGGCAAAGGCAUGUGAGACUACCGAGGAUAUCACAAGGUGCCAAGCUUAUCUAGUCGUUGAAGAUCCAAAUUUGGAUCUAUAUAAUUUUGAAGGCAAGGUCAUCGUCGGUGAAGAGACAUUGCCGUUGACAAAUAGCGAGGUCAUAUACCGCGGAAGCGUCUUACGAAAUACCAGGGAGGCUUUUGGCAUGGUCAUUUACACCGGAGAGGAGUGCAAGAUUCGCAUGAAUGCAAAUAAAAACCCUCGUAUCAAAGCGCCUGCUCUGCAGUUCGCGGUAAACAGGGUCGUGGUCAUCAUAGUGAUCUUUGUCAUUGCUUUGGCAAUAUUCAACACGGUGGCAUACCAGAUAUGGAACCGUCACACGGAAGAUAAGUCAUGGUAUCUUACGAACGCUGGGGUCGCCUUCUUUCCAAUUUUGGCAUCUUUCAUCAUCUUGUUCAAUACGAUGAUCCCCCUCUCACUCUACGUAAGCUUAGAAAUAGUCAAGUUGUGCCAGAUGUUUCUAAUGAACGACAUCGACAUGUAUGAUGAGAACACUAAUACACCCAUGGAAGCUAGGACCUCUACCAUCAAUGAAGAGCUAGGCCAGAUUAAUUACAUAUUUUCAGACAAGACUGGUACUUUAACGAACAACUCGAUGCGCUUUCGCAAAAUGAGCGUGGCAGGCACAGCGUGGCUUCAUGACCUCGAUUUGCAGCGAGAGGCUACCCCAGAGCUCCGGGAUGCACCUUUCUUUCCUAGAAAACGCAGCAAAGGGAAGAAGCCGCUAAGGAAGAUGAGCUCGACUGUACUUGAGGAAGGGCCUGGCGCAUCUAUAAAGAAUGCGAAGUCCCCUGUGGGGCGGACUAGCUCUGUUGCAUCUCGUUGGAAAUCAUCAGCCAGACCACACGGCUUCCAGCAAAUCAUGAACUCGUUAGAUUUAUUGCGGUAUGUUCAACGACGACCGCAUACUGUUUUUGCAAAAAAAGUCCAUCAACUACUGCUUUCGAUUGCUUUGUGCCAUACCUGCCUACCCGAGACUAAAAGUGAUGGCCAGGUGGAGUAUCAGGCUGCGUCACCAGAUGAACACGCUCUUGUGCAAGCUGCGCAGGAGCUGGGGUACGUCGUUAUCGAUCGCCAGAACAGCACCCUUACGAUAAAGUUGUUAUCACCAGAUGCGGAAACUGAGGCAGUAUUUGAAAAGUAUGAAGUACUCGACGUCAUCGAAUUUUCAAGCGCACGAAAAAGAAUGUCAAUUGUCGUACGCCUACCUAAUCAGAGAGUGUGCUUAUUCUCUAAGGGCGCAGAUACGACGAUUAUGCAACUCCUCAGACAAUCUACACUUGCUAAUGCUAAAGCUGUUGAAAUCGAGCAACGGGUCAGUAAGCGACAGAGCCUGGAAGCACAGGAAGCGAUCAGAAGAGCCAGCGAAGCGCGUAGCCGAAAGGACAGUAUUGCUCGUACUAGCUUGAGUAUACAUCGCCCUAGUGUGGGUGGCAUCACACGCCCUAGUAUGACCGUAAAACGUCUUCAACCUAUCAGAGACGAAGUCGACCACUGGCUCAACGACAGAGAAAGGGACGUGGAUCUAUCUUCCGUCGAAACCGAGAGUCUCUACUACUCGCCGAGGCCUUCUGCUCAGCUAAGCGUUAGAGCCGAUCGCUUUAGCAGAAGCCUGGACGGCCGUCCGUCCAUGCAACGUGAAGGCAGUAACGAGAUGGUCGAAGAAGCCAUGGUCGUUGAUGAUGCACAAGUAUUCGAGAGAUGCUUCCAGCAUAUCAACGAUUUUGCCACCGAAGGCCUACGAACACUUCUUUAUGGUUACAGAUAUAUGGAUGAAGAUGAGUAUCAGGGCUGGAAAAAGAUCUAUUUAGAAGCCACAACAAGUCUGAUUGAUCGUCAAGACAAGAUCGAGAAGGCGGGCUCUAUGAUCGAACGCGAUCUUGAGUUGGCCGGCGCGACUGCAAUUGAAGACAAGCUUCAAGAUGGAGUACCAGAAGCCAUCGACAAACUUCGGAGAGCAAAGAUAAAGAUGUGGAUGUUGACAGGUGACAAGCGUGAGACGGCAAUCAAUAUCGGUCACAGUUGCCGCCUCAUCAAAGAUUACUCUACGAUUACAACCCUUGAUCGUGAGCUGGGCGAUGUCAGUCAAUGUAUCGCAGCCGCUACACUCGACAUCUCUCAAGGGAUAAUAGCUCACUCUGUGGUUGUUGUAGACGGACAAACACUAACUCAGAUCACUGGCUACGAGCCGCUCCGAAAGCUUUUCCUUUCUCUUGCAAUACUUGCCGACACCGUGGUCUGCUGUCGGGCUUCUCCUAGUCAAAAAGCUUCCCUUGUGCAUUCUAUUCGCAGCAAAGUCAAAAACGCUGUAACGCUUGCCAUUGGAGAUGGUGCAAAUGACAUUGCAAUGAUUCAAGAAGCGCAUGUGGGUAUCGGUAUCACGGGAAAAGAGGGCCUUCAGGCUGCUAGAACGUCCGACUACUCGAUCGCCCAGUUUCGUUUCCUUACAAAGUUGCUGCUUGUUCAUGGCCGAUGGAACUACAUUCGCACGUGCAAAUACACUCUCGGUACUUUUUGGAAAGAGCUACUCUUCUAUCUCACCCAGGCACUGUUUCAACGUUACGCCGGAUACACCGGCACAUCCCUCUACGAAUCUUGGUCGCUGUCAAUGUUCAACACACUCUUCACCUCUCUACCUGUAAUUUUUAUGGGAGUCUUUGAGCAGGAUCUUUCUGCAAACACACUGAUGGCGGUGCCGGAGCUAUACCAUUCAUUAGGUCCAAGUAACAGAGGUUUCAAUAUUCCUUUGUAUCUUUGGUGGGUCUUCAUGGCUUCGUCUCAGGCUGUUGUCAUUUUUUUCAUCAUGCUUGGACUUUUCGGGCAGUCACUCUUCACUUUCGACAACGGACUAUUUGCCAUGGGCGCCUUGAGUUUCACAGCAUGCAUUAUUGUCAUCAACGCAAAGAUACAAUUUUGGGAGCUGCAUUACAAGUCAAUCACGUGUGUGAUUGCAAUAUUCCUUAGCGUCGGGGGUUGGUUCCUUUGGAAUCUCAUUCUGGCAUCCGUCUACCAUGACAAUAAGAUCUACAAUGUAAAAGAUGGUCUGACGAGUCGCUUUGGCAAGAAUGCUCUCUGGUGGCUCACAUUGAUCCUAAUCGUGACGGCUUGUUGGGCAAUCGAGGUUGCGAUCAAGGUGAUCAAAUGCACAUGGAUUCCAAGCGAUGCAGAUUGCUUCAGAGAAUUGGAAAAGGAUGAGGUCAUCCGGCGGCGUUUCGCUCAGGCGGCUGGCGCUGCUGGUAGCCCUUCUCGGCCAAGUACGCAAGGCGAUGGAGCUUUGGAGCGUAUCAGGACGCUCGAAGAGGAGCAAGAACGAGAGAAUGAAGUACAGGAGCUGCUAAACCGCCCAAGACACGCGAGAGCUGCUAGUGGUGUGGACGAGCACGAUUUGCCAGGCAGUCCGACUGUGCGACGCAGGCAGACCUCAGAGACUGAGGUCGUUCACAGAGAGCCCAAAGUUUCCUUUGCUGUCGAUCAACGCGAAUUCAACGACGAAGGAGGUGAAGACAGCGAUAACGGCAAGCAAAAGCCCAGGCGGAAGAGCACAGAGGUGCAGGAAUUGCUGAAGCGAGGCUUUGGCAACGUACGCAGGAGUCUGGACAUUGUUUGA